AUGGAAUCUUACUGCACUGCAAUCUUCGUCAAUAUUGUUAUUAGGGUGACGCUGUUAUUCAAGUAUUCCCAGGAAACCAUACAGGCGACACAAUCAACGACCGGAAUUCUUAAGGAAAUUCAAGGCGAGGGGCAACGCGAAGCACACAACGGUAGAUGCAAGUUGGGAAAAAAAACAGAUUUGAUUUUUCCCGCAACCAUCAGUAUGGUUGGUAUCGAUUCAGAAGGCGUAUGGCUGAGUCACUCGUUCCAUGUAGCCUACAUACGGCUGGCUCACACAGGUGGCACGACACUUAUUCAUGCAAUUUUAUCUGCUUUUUAUGCUGAAAUGCUAUCAGCACUGAUUGCUGCGUUGAAGUUUUAGUCUCGUCUCCCCCGCUCGCUGUUUCGGUCUUCCCCGUGGAUAUAUAGUUUCUGUUGCUCGUGAACGUAAUCAAAUCACACAGUGCCCUUCUCUAGCUUUAUCUCAGGCCGCCCUUCUAGAUCAGCUGCUUCCGCGAGAACGGAUAUCCGUCCACCUCGUUUGACCAUCUCUUAAUACUAAAGGCUUGUUUUCCAGACAUAUCCCCGGAAGAGUGUUAACCACGUUUAACUACACUCCCUAUCUGCGGGGCCUGUAGCGACCGGGAUAGGAAAUAGUUUCUUUGCCUAUGAUCUAUAAGCAAAUCACGGUGUCGUCAUACCCGUCACGUGCCGAAUCUGCCGAUCGUGAUCAUCGCGCUGACGCAUCAUCAAUUUACCUAAGACGUUGUACUGUGGCUAUCUAAUAAUCAUUUUCUAGUGCUUUAUUGCGAACUUGGUCUGCACGCCAUCUUUAUUGGCUGGAGUAGAUGAUGAGCAAAAGUAAUUACAUAUGUAGUUACCUAAGUGGAUGAGCCAUCUUCUCAUAGUGCCUUACGGCAUAUGCGCUCGUAAACAUGGACACGGUUUGCGACAUUCUGGUACACAAACUCGUCCUCUAACCCUAGAGAUCCUUGACCGUCGAAUUUUCUGGGUAGCACAUAGUGGGUGCCUCGAAUGCCUUUCUGGGACUACUAAAGUUGUGGUCUCUAGCAAUGUCUUAGGUUUGGUGGCAAUUUGUAGGGCUGCUUGUCAUACUGUAACAUAUUAUUUGAGUUCUAUGGGUUACGUCUCGCUU